CAUUGGUUAAUCUAGCCGCUACACUUCAAAACGGCUACUUCCGCUUCCUUUGGCGCGAACGAACUUCCAUUAUUCAGCACGGAUUUACUCCGACUAUGAAAUUAUUAUGGAGAAUUGUUAUUCAUCAUCAACGUCUUUCAGUCUUCUCCCCCAAUCUGACCUUUCUUCGUCGCCAUCCUCCUUGGCGUCAAGAUUUCCUUACUUCCGCGCCAUUUUCAUCUUCCCAUGGACACGCCCGCAGCGAAGACGAACCGCAUGGGGAAUAUUCUGGUCAAAACUCUCUCCUUCGGUGUCCUCGUCUUCCUCGCCCGCUUCGCUUACUUCAUCACCAUUACAGGCAAUACUUACGACUCCCGUGCAGUCACUGACGCGAUCAAUACCGCCGCUGCCGUCCGUCUCCGGGACUUCUACUCUUCCCUCUUCCAUGAUCUCAUCGCCGAGGGAUUCCUCUCCCUCAAUUCCAAAACUCUCUGCAUCGGAACCCUAACCGGUGAGGACGUGGCCACAUUGCGAGAAAUCGGGGUCGCCGAUUCAAUCGGCAUAGCCACGAAAUCAUCUCCGCCGCUAGUAGUUCGGUACGGUCAUGGCUCUCGGAUUCCAUUCAAUGACGAAGCUUUUGACUUCAUAUUUUCCGGCAAUAUGGAUCUGGAGCGUACGGAUAGACCGAUCGAGUUCGCGAAGGAAGUUUCGAGAACCCUAAAACCGGGAGGCUUCUUCGUUGUCCUUACAUCAGGAACAGAUCUGUACAGUCUGAACUCCCUUCUCGCGUUAUUCAAUUCCUGCAGAGCAAUUCGAACCAGUGAAAUUGACGGAUUUGAUUUCCCAUCUCGAAACAUUCGCCAAGUCGUGUUGAUGAAAGACAAUUCAAUUCCUGAUGAUUAUGUUGAUGCGAGGAGAAAAAAAGCUUCCAAAUGCUCUGCUCCAGGGUUCAUGCAUGAAUUGAUAAGAAAAGCAGAACCACUGAUUGCAGAAGAGCCAUUGAAGCCCUGGGUAUCUUUUAGGAGAAAUUUAAAAAACAUUACAUAUCUCUCUUCCAUAGUAGAUAUCAGCUUCAAGAAUAAAUAUAUAUACAUUGACGUUGGAUCUAGGAACUAUGCCUCCAGCAUAGGAAGUUGGUUUAAAAAGCAUUAUCCAAAACAGAACAAACCAUUCCAGAUCUAUGCAAUUGAAGCAGACAGCAUAUUCCACGAUGAAUAUAGAACGAAGAAAGGGGUUACCCUUGUUCCUUACGCUGCUUGGAUCAGGAACGAGACUCUGUUCUUUGAGAUAACCAGAGAACCAAACAAGAACAUGGAUAGAUCCAGAGGAGGAAUGGGGAGGAUUCAAACAGUGCAGUCUUCAUUGGAAUUCACAGGGAAGGCGGACAAGAUUCAGGGGUUUGAUUUUGCGAAAUGGUUGAAGAGUUUGGGGUUGAGGAACGAUUAUGUGGUGAUGAAGAUGGAUGUGGAAGGGACGGAGUUUCAUCUGAUUCCGAGGAUGAUUGAGAGUGGGGUGAUGUGUUUGGUGGAUGAGCUGUUCCUGGAAUGCCAUUACAAUAGGUGGCAGAGGUGUUGCCCAGGUGUUAGAAGUCCAAAAUAUCAAAAGACUUAUAAUCAAUGCCUUGCUCUGCUUUCUUCUCUUAGAGAGAGGGGUGUUCUGGUGCAC